ACUAGCCUAAAAAGUGCUGUUCAGCUGUUUUCGUUAAGUUGCAUUAUAAGGAAUACAGAAAUACAAUAAAUUUAAAAUCUGUCUAUAACGAUGACACAUCAGCAUCUGUAAUAUAUAUAUAUUGUUUGUUUUUCUGUAUAAAAAAUUUGACUCAAUGCCAAUAUGGUUCUUGAAGAAAGAAAUAUUUCAUUGGUUGCUACUAAUAAUGGCUAUUGAUAUUUUCGACUGUAACUGAGGUAAAAUUUUCCGCCUGCUGCGAAAUAGUUUCGUUAUCAGGAAAUACAAUUUCAACCUAAGAGCUUCGCUCACUCUUUCGUUUUUAUUUUUUGGUUAUAAUAUUUUAGUCAACUCUCCUUCCCUCUUUUUAUGGUGGUAAAGUUUCACUGUAAGACAAAAUGAGCGAUAAAGAAUGGAAAAAAUUCUAUGAAGAAAAUCCACCUCCUAAAGGUCUACUUGAAAUCAAAACAAUGAUUUCAAAUUUUUGUAAUUAUCAUGUAUCAAUGGAAAACAAUAUUGUUUUAAUCACAUCAGGAGGAACAAGUGUGCCAUUAGAGCACAGCACUGUGCGAUUUGUUGAUAAUUUUAGUGCUGGAGCAAGAGGUGCCUCAUCUGCUGAAUAUUUUUUAAGAGAAGGAUAUGCUGUUAUAUACAUGCACAGGGAAAAAGCAUUAGAACCCUUUUUUCGUCACAUUGUACCUUCUGAAUUAUUUGAUUCAAGUGUGCCUUGCAAAAAUAAUGAUGGAACAAAUAGUAUUAAAGUUGAAGGAAGUGUCUGCGACAGACUUGUUCCACUACUGAAUGAGUACAAAAAGAUACAAGAAAAGAGGAUGCUUUUGAAGCUCCAAUUUAAUACAUUAUCAUCUUAUCUGCAUAUGCUAUACAUUGCUGCCCAAGCAAUCAGACCUUUGGGUAAAGAUGUAAUAUUAUAUCUUGCGGCAGCAGUAUCUGAUUUUUACAUUCCUGCAAAAGACAUGGCAGAACAUAAAAUUUCAUCUGAUGAACCGCUUAAUUUGACAUUGCGAGUGGUACCUAAGAUGUUAACACCUCUUGUUCAUCAUUGGAUUCCUGAAGCUUUUAUAGUUUCAUUUAAGCUUGAGACAGAUUCAUCUCUUUUGUUAAAGAAAGCAAGAGGAGCAUUAGAAAAAUAUGGCCAUAAUCUUGUUAUAGCGAAUGAACUCCAUAAAAGGAAACAAGAAGUAGUUUUUGUUACAAAAGAUGAGGAGAAGAAAAUUUUUCUAAGUAAUGAAGAAUUGAAAAGUGGAAAAGAAAUUGAAGAACAAAUAGUAAAAGACUUGCUUUGUCAUUAUUCUAAAUUUAAAAAUCAGAUCGGAGAUAGAAAGUGAAGCAAAUUGUAUGUAACAUUUGCAUUUUGUAACAUCUAUGUACUAAUUUUAAGUAUUAGACUAACUGGGUGUCUGGGAUGUUUAACAGUAUUAUAUAUUUUAAUAUUUUAUUUUUUGUUAUUUUGUACUUUAAUUUUAUGUUAAACAGUUAUGGAACACUGUGAUAAAAUAAGCCAGUAUUUUAAUUUUCAAAAGUGUUAUAUUUCAUCAUUAAAUUCGUAAUUUGUAAAGCAAAAAAAAAAGUCAAUUUCUUAAAAAUAAUUUUAAAAUUUUAUCUCUUUGUGUAAAAUUUUAUUAUUUUUUUAAAUUGGAACCAUAAAUAGUUUUAAAUUAAGAUUACUUUAAAAAGUAAACCAUGCUAAUCUGAUGUUGAUGUUUAGAUUUUUUUAUUAAAAUGGUUGUGGAAUUGUGAAAUUAUAAUAUACAUUUGAAAUAAAAUUAGUUGUAUUUACGUUACAUUUGAGGUGAGAUUACAGCAAAUCCUACUUUUCUCCCUAAUAUUGCUAAUAAAUUUCAUUUACAAAUAAAGUAAUUUAUAUUUAUAUAUGUAUCCAAAUGAGUGUAAAAUAAUUCAGUUGGUAAUUUGAUGCAACUUCAUUGUUAGUUCAUAUACAUAGUAUGGCCAGUAUGGUAAAUAAUAGUCUGCAAAAUCAUUAGAUAAAUCUUCCAGAACAAAAUAUCUAAUCAUUGAAAAUCUGGCAGUUUUCUAACUAAUCAUUUAAAAUGUGUUAAUUUAAUUUGUGAGAUUUUUUUGGAACAAAUUGUAAUUCUAAUUAUGUAGUUUAUGCAUUUAUAUAUAUUUUGUACAUAAUUUGGAUUACCAUCUUUUUCUGUGGUUACCAUCUUUGUAUUUUGUGUUACCAUCUUUUCCUUACCAUCUUUACCAUUUUCACUUUUUAAUAGUAGAGAUUAUAAAAAAAAAAAAAAGAAAAAAAAUCUUUUAAUUAUAAAGCAUUUCAUUUGAUUUCUUACCAUCUCCAUAUUCAUUAAAAACUAGUGAUCAUUUGAAACUUGAAAAAAUAAGAAUAAUCCCACAGUUAUUUAUAAUUCUACGUAUGCCUGAUUUUGCUUGUGUAUUUAAUCAUUAAAGCACAAAAAAAAAUCUUCUUACUUUUGUAAUUAUUUUUGUAUAAAACAAAUGAUGCCUUACUUUAUUUCUGUCAACACUGUGAUAUAUCAAUUAUUAUAUUAAAAAAUGGUACACUUUUUGUGAUUUUUUUAAAAUUUAUAUUGGCAUCCCAAAUUAUUAUCUUCAGCUAAAAUUUUGUCUUAACUGAAGAUAAUAAACAUCUCUUUACUUUUUCCUUUUUUUUUUUUUUUUAAUCUUUUUAUCAAACAAUGCAUAGAAAAGAAAAAUUUUAUUUUAUAUGAAUUUCUUGAUAUUUUGGUAACUUUUUAGUUUCUUAGAAUCAAAGAAAUAAUUAAUGAAUUUAUUAAAAGAUAAAAGUACCAUAAUAUUAUUGAAUAUUUAUUAAUAAAUUGUGUAUAGACUUAUGAAACUUUAUGCAGUUUUAUUUUUCCUUCUGACAUCUGAGUCAUCCUUGCAUCAACAAACAAAAACUAUAUUAAAAAAGAGAUACGGUUUUUCUUAAAUGUUAAAGAAUAAUGUUUGUUUCAUAUAUUAUUUUACAAUUAAAGUUAAUAAUUAACAGAUAUUAAAUUUUGCAUCUAAUAUAUAUAUAAUAUAUUGCAAUAAACUCAACAGAUUUUUCUCAAUAAACUCAACAGUGUUUAAUUUGCUAUCAAUUUGCUUUGCUCAUUAACGGUUUGAAUUUUUUUCAACUUAUUGCAUCGCUUCUUGACAGUAUUGUGAUUCUAUAUAAGAUCCUAUAUUCUUACUAAGCAAAUUAUCAUUAGAAUCUACAAUCCUUAUUUACCUUUUUAUAAAAUAGUUAUAAUAAAAGCUAAACUUUUCUUAUUUAUUUAUGUUAAUUGGUGAAAGCAUAUUUCCAUAAUAUUAUAAAUUGCAAAAAUUUUAAUUUCGAAGCUGUAACCUAUUAGGAAAAAUGUGAAUUGAUGAAUGUGCCUUUUUGUCAUUAGCCUCUUGAAAAAUUACUUUUUAAAUAUUUGCAUGCAUUAAGCUACAUUUAUAUUAAUACUUCAGCUUAAGAUGGAAAUGUAUACAUAUCUAUUCUUCUAUAUAGAAUACAAAAUUGUGUUCCAUGUUUAUAAAGGAUUUUAAGAUAAUUCUGGAUGUUAUUUGUAAGAUUUUAAGAGAAGUAUAAUUUGUUUUCUUGUGUAUAAGAAUAUGUACAAGCUUAAAUGAAUUUUUACUGUAUGACGUAAAGAGAUACUAAAGAAUAUUCCCUUCAAAGGUAUCUACAAUGUAUUCUUAAAUGUUACUUAUAUAAUGUAUUAAACAAGUUGGCUGAUUAAUACUUUUGUGCAAUAUAUUAAAUUUUGAAUAAAAAUAUUUUCCAUCUGUU